AUGUCGCACAAUCAUCAUACUACAGAAUCAAAAAUUCUCACCCUCGAACAAGUCAUUCAAUUAGCUGAGGAACUACAUUCCAAAGGGCAGUCUAUAGUAUUUACCAAUGGCUGUUUUGAUCUUAUUCAUUUGGGACACAUCGAUUAUUUGGAAAAAGCUCAUCAACUAGGUGAUAAAUUAAUUGUAGGUCUCAAUACUGAUGAAUCAAUACAUCAAAUUAAAGGUCCUGGACGACCUAUAGUCAAUGAAUAUGCCCGUGCACGUCUUCUAGCCGCUCUGCAGUUCGUUGAUGUUGUAACAUUGUUCAACGAAUUGACUCCACUUGCUCUAAUCGAAGCUGUUCGACCUAAUGUCCUAGUCAAAGGUGAAGAUUACACGAUUGACACAAUUGUUGGAGCUGAUUUUGUUCUUCAUAAUGGUGGAAGUGUCAAAAAUAUUCCUUUUAUUGAAGGCUACUCAACUACACACUUGAUCGAAAUGAUUCAGACCAAUGUGAAUCAUGAUCAGCAAUAUGUCGAUUUGAACAAAAUUAAUGUUAUUCAAAUAAAAAGAAUGGAACAUACGUUAGUUGAGACGAUAAAACGUACUGAUCGAAGAGGUUUGAUAGCUAGCGGUAGCAUUCUUGUCGAUUAUAUUAUUAUCAUCGAUCAUUGGCCAAUGGAAAAUUGUACAUCGUUUGUUCAACGUCCACCAACUAUAGUUGGUGGUGGUGGACCUUUUAAUAUUGUUAAAAAUCUUGUAGCCAUGAAAGCUUCUUUUCCACUAUCACUUCUUGGUUUAAUAGGUAAUGAUGAUAAUGGUAAAUGGCUGAUAGAAGAUUGUAUAAAAUCCCAUAUUGACACGACCCAAUUAGCAAUAAUUAAUGAUAGUACUCCAACAUCAUGCACUUAUGUAAUGAGUGUUGAAAAUUCCGAUCGACGGACAUUUUUUCAUCAACAAGGUGCCAAUGCAUAUUUGAAUGAACAACAUUUUGAUUUUUCUCGAACAACGGCAAAAUUAUUUUAUCUUGGUCCUUUAACUCAAUUAGCUAGAUUAGAUCAGUUCAUUGACGAUAAUACACGAACAAAUGCAUCAAAAGUAUUAGAAGCUGCACAUUUAUCUGGACUAGAAACGAUUGUUGAUUUUUCUAGUGGAAAAAGUUUAAAUUAUUCGAAAAUUGCUCAAGCCUCUUUACCAUUUAUCGAUCAUUUAAUAAUCAAUGAAACAGAAGCUGGUUUAAUAUUCGAUCAACAUUUAACAAGUGAUAAUAUCGAUCAAAUUCAACAAACUGCUAAACAACUCAUUGAUAUAGGCGUUAGAAAAACAGUAACAAUCCAUUUUGAACAAGGUGCAAUUUUGAUUACCAAAGAUGGAAAUAUUUUAAAACAAGGUUCAAUCAUUCUACCAGCUGAAUUUAUCAAAGGUGCCGUUGGUGCUGGAGAUGCUUUUGCUGCAGGAAUGAUUUACGGUAUUCAUGAACAAUGGCCAUUAGAUAAAACAUUGCGUUUGGCUGUUUGUAUUGGUGGUAUGUCAUUGAGUGAUGAAACAUCAUGUGGUGGAAUGAAAACUAUCGAUGAAUGUCUUCAAUUGGAAAAAUUCGGUUUUCGAAAACUAUAA